CGUUUACCACACGUGCAAUGGGGCUAUGGCGUUCGUCAAUCAAGUGUAAGGUUGAGAGUCUUUCGUGCCAGGGACAACACAUCGUUUUCUACACUAGACAACUCACGAUUGGUCCAAAUAACAACAUGAGGCAAUGAGUGCAGCUCCUAACAAGGGCGAGAUGCAGCAUGGGAUGCCGUUUAUACCGGAUACAAUAGUCGUGUUUAUUGUGUGCUGUGGUGUGCUGUGGUGUCUGCCCCCACCUUUAGCUUGGCUAGUCUCUCCUCAUUGCUCAUCUGAGAACUCAGCCUGACCGACCAACCAAUACACAUACAUCACAUCACAUACAUACACACCCCACUGCCCGCCCACCCACAUCCCCUCCAUUCAUUCAUUCGAUGGAUGUUGCGGACGGACCUUUUGGUGGCGGCAUCUUCGUCCAGUUUGUUCCUCUUCAUGAUCCUCUCUUUGGCGAUGGCCUCAUCCACCAUUGUCACCCACACCUCGUCCACCAACUCGUCCCUGCACCACCACAAUACAUUACAAUACAACACAACACAACACAACACAAUACACCACGCUCCGAUUGAUGACGUACGUACCGAUGGCCUUCUCUUCUCUCUCUCGGAACCCGUUGGUGCGUUCGUGAGUGCACCUCACGUCACGUCACGUACGUACCAUGAUGCUUCCAGCAGCACCGCAGCCUCAAGGAUGAUCAGCUGGCCUUGAUCGCUCUGCAGCGGGGAGGCCUUGAGCUCGUCGAUACGUUGUCGCGCUUUCUGCUUGAUGAUCGGCCACACGAUGUCUGAAGUACAACGUGACAUACAAACACUCAUUUGCAAACGGCCUGGCUGUCAUGUCAUCAGUACUUCACACAUACAUACCUGUGAGUGUUUUCAUUUUGGCCUCACUGCCGAACACCAAGGCGCCCAGCGCCCGCCUGUUGAUGCCGCCGUCCUCUGCACGCACCUCGGAACCAAAGGCAGCAGCAAUUUCAUCGACGGCAGCCUCCCCUGACAGACAGACAGACAGACAGUCCAUCACAGGCAGCAUUUCGCGCUGCAUGGCUGAAUGAGCAGUUCAUUGUGCAGGGACGCACCAGGGGCGUACGCCGCAUGGCCCAGCUGAUCUGAAACCAACGCCAGCCGCAGAACCAAAACUCGCUCGUCUGCAUGAGAGCAUCCAUGGUGUGCUGUCUUUGCAGCUGACCAGCAUUGAUGACGUCCACUCGAAAGGGCUGGCCCUCGAGGGCGGAACACACUGUGGUCUUGCCAGAUCUGCCACACAGGAACACGAUUCCACUCAUGUGCCAGAUUUCCAGUGUUCUCUUUGUUGUCUCUCUUUCCUCGCUCACCCGAUGCCUCCCCACAGACCAAUCACCUUCCUCGUGCCCAUUUGCAGCAGCGGUUUCAGGGAGCACCAUUUGCUU